UACCAUGGCAAACGUUUCAGCUGUGCAACUUCUCCGGGCCGCGAAGUUUGUGCUCAGCAUCGCCGCCGGAGGAUUUCUUCUCGUUUGCCAGUGGCCCAUGGACUUCCCCAAUUUUGUUGCCGCCAUGUACGUCCUGGUGCUCGCGGCCAUCCUGCUGCUCUACUUCUCGCUGGGCCGUCCACAGCUGGGAUCGACAGUCGCCACCACCGCCGUUGGCUUCUGGGUUUCAGCUGACCGACUGCUCAACACUGCCAAGUUCGUGCUCUGCUUCGCUACCGGAGGAAUUCUUCUCGUUUGCCAGCGGCCCACGGACUUCCGCAGUUUUGUCGCCGCCAUGUACCUCAUGAUGACCCUAGGCUUCCUGCUGCUCUACCUUUCCCUGGCUCGUCCUCAUCUGGGAUCCACAACGGCGACGACCGCCGCCGAUGAUUCCUGGAACUGUCUAUCAUGAUGAGUUCACUAAUACCAAAAGGCAAAAUAGACAAGAAAAAAAAAGGUCAAUAGAUCAUCCAUCCCGAUUUAAUGCAGUUUGGGUUCGAUCCUUCAUAAUCCCAAACGGGAUUAGCUUUUCAUCUUCGUGUGGAAUAAUGACAGGCUGUGACGGUGACCCGAGUUCGACUUGCCAUAAACUGGGCGAUUCGUGGGAAAGGUGGAGGAUCCAAAGUCAUACCGUGUUGUUCUUUAUCGUCGUAUUUAUUUGUUUCUUUUCUGUUGCUAUCUUCUUCGUGUGAAGAUUAUUAUCAUUUGCCAUUGUUUUGACGGUUGAUAGAAAAAUAUUAUUAUCAUUUUUCUAUCGCUCUUUGUUGCGCCUAUGA